AUGACUGUGCAACGGUGCCAUGAGCUUGCGAAGUCGCUGAAGGCGGAGAAGCUGUUACCUGCGAAGGUGGAUCCUUGCGGAGAGGAGCAUGGUGAGGCGGGUGCAGUUAAGGCAUUGGACCCAUACCAGGACUUCGAGCCGUGUGGAAACAUUUCCGGUCGAGUGAGGGAGUUGGAGAUGAGAGUGGCGGAGGCGUCGGCGAAGUCUGUGAACGAAAUGGCGGAGUGGAAGAAACGGAAGGGGGUGAAAUUUUCUUGGCUGGUGAAGAAUUUCGAACGUGUGCCCCAGCCACCGCUUUCGCCACGUUCGCAAUCGAACCGUGCAAAGAUGGUGCAGGAAUUGAAGCUGAAGUUCGGUGAAGUCAAGCCCGUUCGAGUUGCCGGGAUAGACUUCAAAACGGACCUAACCUGCCCUGCAACUCCUGCCAUCCCCAAGGUGACCAGUCGUAAAACAGGGGACCUGAUAUCCCGGCGGCUUUCGGAGAUACAAUCACCCCCCAGCCUUCGUGGACGCACACCGCUAGACCAGGACCCGGUUGCCUCGAUCAAAGACAGCAUCUUCCUCAAAUCCAGGCAGGCCGCAAGCGUUGACCAUGGCUUACCGGGCGGAGCUACGGGGGAAGCCAAGACCGUUAUGGUUGAAGCUGGCACUGGUGCCGCUCUGGCUGGUGCCGCUCUGGCUGGUGCCGCUCUGGCUGGUGCUGGGGCCACCGAGAUUAAAGCCACAGGUGACGGUGGAGAGAGAGGCCACAGCGUGGGUCGUGGUCGGUCGCUGAGUUCGUGUGGUGCCAGUGGGACGCGGUCAGUGAGUCGGUCGUGCGACACGCGUACAAAAAUGGUCCGAUCGCGACGAGCUAUGGAGCGAGCUAUGGAGGCCCGACGGGUGGAGGACGCUGAUUGCCGGCGUAUGCAUCCCGGUUUAGCUAUAUCAGAACAAAGAGAAGUUUCGGACCAUGGGGUGCAACUCGUUUCGCCAGGUCAUAAUGAGUUGGCGGAAAGUGCAUUGAGUGCUGCGAACACGGCGAGUGCUGGACGGAUAACGGUGCCAUCGGGAUUGGCAAUGGGAUUAGGAGUUGCCAAAAUGUGGGAGUGGGUGUUCAAAUUCCGACAAAGUUUAGGUGAGGCACACAAAGUGGCAAAGGCCCAUGUGCAUACAUUGACUACCAUGUUGGCGGCCAUGUCAAAUCCGGUGAGUACGAAUGUGGUCAAAUUCGAUUGGCUGGCAUGGGAAGGUCUAAGAGCCACAGUUCUGAGUGAGUACAGCCAAAUUACUACCGGCUUGCAAAAUAUGACGCAUUGGCAGACAGUAGUUAAUCGUCUUGCACAGCAACUCAACGUCCAACUGCUCGCUGCACCCACUGGAGAUGAUGACCGAACAUUCACACUCUCUACAGAACAACAAGCUACCGUUGAAGCCGCAGCUAACUGGAUCCUCUCACUCCAAUCACUACCCACUGCCCGCACUUGGGACAAACUUCUCAAACGGAUGAACGCUCAAGCCGUCGUUAGCGGCGGCGUUGAUGGGAAACCACUGCACUUCAACAUCGUCUCGCUCUAA